UGAAUCUGAGGGUUUCUCCAGGAAGUGCAUGUUUACUUAUCACUUUUUCCUAUGCUCCGUAAAAAUUUUUUAGUUUAUCCCAGUCGCUAGGAGACGCUAAGCCGGAAAAGGAAAUGCCUUUCACGACAACUUCCGAGAGGGCCGCCAUGGCUUCUAGGGAGGAGGUGCUCGCCUUGCAGGCUGAAGUUUCCCGGCGUGAGGAAGAGCUAAGUUCUCUGAAGCAGAGGCUGGCGGCGGCUCUUUUGGCGGAGCAGGAGCCAGAGAGGUUGGUUCCGGUGUCGCCCCUGCCGCCGAAGGCCGCCCUGUCUCGAGAUGAGAUUUUGCGUUACAGCCGGCAGCUCGUGCUGCCCGAGCUGGGCGUGCACGGACAGCUGCGCUUGGCCACCGCGUCCGUGCUAGUCGUGGGCUGCGGCGGGCUCGGCUGCCCACUGGCGCAGUACCUGGCAGCGGCCGGCGUAGGCCGCCUUGGCCUUGUGGACUACGACGUAGUAGAAGUGAGCAAUUUGGCCCGCCAGGUGCUACAUGGCGAGGCGCUGGCCGGCCACGCCAAGGUCUUUUCGGCCGCCGCCGCGCUGCGCCGCCUCAAUUCUGCGGUGGAGUGCGUGCCCUAUGCUCAGGCGCUGACGCCAGCCACGGCGCUAGACUUAAUCCGCCGCUAUGACGUGGUGGCUGACUGCUCUGACAACGUGCCCACUCGCUACCUAGUUAAUGACGCGUGUGUGCUGGCCGGCCGGCCUCUCGUGUCAGCCAGCGCCCUGCGCUUUGAAGGCCAAAUCACAGUGUACCACUAUGACGGCGGGCCUUGCUAUCGCUGCAUAUUCCCCCAACCACCUCCAGCGGAGACAGUGACCAACUGCGCGGAUGGCGGGGUGCUCGGUGUCGUAACUGGGGUCCUGGGCUGCUUGCAGGCGCUGGAAGUGUUGAAGAUCGCAGCAGGUCUGGGUCCGUCUUACAGUCGCAGCCUGUUGAUCUUUGAUGCCCUCAGAGGACAAUUUCGCUGUAUUCAGCUUCGGAGCCGCAGGCCUGACUGUGCAGCUUGCGGCGAGCGGCCCACUGUGACUGACCUGCAGGACUACGAAGCCUUCUGUGGCUCCUCAGCCACUGAGAAGUGCCGCUCUCUGCAGUUGCUGAGCCCAGAGGAGCGAGUUUCGGUCACCGACUAUAAGCGACUUCUGGAUUCAGGCUCACCCCACCUGUUGCUGGACGUCAGGCCUCAAGUGGAGGUGGACAUCUGUCGUUUGCCUCAUGCCCUACACAUCCCUUUGCAACAUUUGGAACGGAGGAAUGCGGAGAGCCUGGAACUCCUAGGAGAAGCAAUCCGGGAAAGGAAGCAGGGCACACAGGAAAGGGUAGCUUUCCCAGUUUAUGUGAUUUGCAAACUUGGCAAUGACUCCCAGAAAGCCGUGAAGAUCCUGCAGUCCUUGACAGCAGUCCCGGAGUUAGAAUCUUUAAUAACAGUUCAGGAUGUUGUGGGGGGCCUCAUGGCCUGGGCUGCCAAAAUCGAUGGAACAUUUCCGCAGUACUGAGGUGGAUGGGAGAGUCUGACCUGAGGCAGAUGUGGAUUGCCAUGUUACCCAAAAGAUAUAUUUAUUUGCAUUUUUUUUCCAGGAAUGCAUGGAAGAGACUGGGAUUGUCCAAUAACUGAAUACAUGGACUCCUUUUUAUUAAGGGCUUUUUUGUUGUAAUGUCUUGGAUGCUGUUGUUAUUAAUGGGUUUUAUUUUUUUUAUUUUUUUAUAUAUAUAUUUUAAAGAUUUUUAUUUUUUGACAGAGAGAGACAGCGAGAGAGGGAACACAAGCAGGGGGAGUGGGAGAGGGGGAAGCAGGCUUCCCUGCCGAGCAAGGAAUGCGAUGUGGGGCUUGAUCCCAGGACCCUGGGAUCAUGACCUGAGCCGAAGGCAGUCGCUAAACGGCUGAGCCACCCAGGCACCCCUAUUAAUGGGCUUUAAUACUGUUUCUGAGAACUGUCUUGUGUUUUCAGCACUUGAAAGAUGUCUUGAACAUGUGAGUUAUAAUGUUAAGUGACAGGAUUUUGUGUUUUGACAGGUCAUUUCUCUGUUCUGCUUUUUUCCCACCUCCCCCAAUCAAAAAGUACUUUAAAUCAUCUAUUUUUAUGCUUGGAAAGGUGUAGUAAACUUAGUCUUCCUGAAUUGAUCACAGAUGAUAUACUUAAGGUCAGUUUAUUGUUCGCUAAGACAUUGUUUGGGUCUUCUUUCUGUUUCAAAUGAUAGAAUAUAUUCUACAGAAAUGUUUAAAAUGUAAAUUAUUUUAAUUAUGUGGGAAAGGGUCAUUCUAUUAAGUAUUUGAAUUAGUAUCAGAGUGAGAUAUUUAGUAAGAUAAAGGAAACCUCCUUUGUAGUCUGUCAGUUUCUCUUAUAAAUUGCUGAUUUAAAAAAAAAAUUUCUUACAGUAUUGUACACAUUGUAUACUGUGGUUUGGCUUGCUUUGGAAUCUUCAAGCCUAAGUCCCAACCUUCUGCUCUCCCCUGCCCUUUAUUCCUAAUCCAAUCUGUUAUUUUUUUUUUCUUGCUUUACUGGCCAAGUAUACCAAAUGCAAUAUUGAAUUAAAGUGGAAUAGUAAGCAUUCUUAAGUCCUUCACGAUCUCAGGUGAAAAACUUGACUAUUUGGCCAAUAUUACUUGUUAUUGCUUUACUGUAGCUACAACCCUUUAUCAGAUUAAAGAAAUUUCCUUCCUUUUA